AUGCCUCGCAACAACAAGAAAAUGAAGAAUGCUCCUCCGCCUCGCGCUCGCGGACCCUGCAAACCGUCCGCUCCAGCAUCAGGUCCCGGCAAGGGCCAGCAGCAUGGCAAUGGCCAGAAGCAAGGGAAUGACAAUUCCAGUGCACCGAAGAAAGGUCCUAUGCAGGCAAAUCAAAGACCGAUCGUACCAUUUUUGAGGAAAGAUCGAGUGUUGCUGGUUGGCGAAGGAGACUUCUCAUUCGCUCGCUCACUAGCAAAGCAAUACAAGUGUCGCAAUCUCUGCGCAACAUGCUACGACAGCAAAGAAGCCCUCUACGCCAAAUACCCGCAAGCCCCACAACAUAUCGAAGAGAUCCUCAACGCAAGAAAGAAGCCAACAGAAGAGCCAGACUCCAAAACAGAAGACUCAACUCCCCAAUCAAAAGACACCAAAUCCCCCAAAGUCCUCUUCUCAGUUGACGCGCGCAAACUCGGCGCCCAACCCAGCGUCGGCAAAGAGCUCCGCAUCGGCUUCCCACGCCGCGAGCGCAAACGACCAGCCUGGUACCAGCAGCCAGAGCCGGGACCAGCGUACCAGCCAGGCGGACCGUGGGAUGUAAUCUGUUUCAAUUUCCCGCAUGUGGGCGGACUAUCCACGGAUGUGAACCGACAGGUACGCGCGAACCAGGAGCUGCUAGUUGCGUUUUUCAAGGCUUGUGUGCCUCUUGUUUCUAAGGCGCCGCCGUUGAUGGAUGCUGAGGAUGAUGAGUGGGUUUAUGAGGAUGGGGAGGAGAGUGAGGAUGAUGACGAGGAAGAAGAAGAAGAAGAGAACGGAGGCAACGAUGAUGAAAGUACUGGGAAGGGAUUCCGGGUUGGUCCUGGACAGAUUCUUGUGACGCUUUUCGAGGGGGAGCCGUAUACGCUUUGGAAUAUUCGGGAUUUGGCGAGACAUGCGGGUUUGGUUGUUGUUACUAGUUUCAAGUUUCCGUGGGCUUCUUAUGAGGGGUAUUCGCAUGCCAGGACCGCGGGACAUAUUGAAGGGAAGGAUGGGGAGAGGGGUGGAUGGAGGGGGGAGGAUAGGGAGGCGAGAAUGUUUGUGUUUGAGGUCAAGCAGAAGGAGGAUGGGAAGAAGGGCAAGAAGAGAGGUCGGGAUGAUUCUAGUGAUAGUGAGUAA